GAAGUAAGGAGUGAAGCGGAGCAGGAAAACCUUUUGAAACUCAGAGAAACCCAGAGAAACUCAGAUGUUGACAUCACACCGGAGCUGCGUGAUGAGAGGAAAAAACGUUUUCUCCAUCGAGUAACAAAAGUUUGAGCGCCACCACGGAGAGACAACAUGGGACUUCCAGCUCUGGAGUUCAGCGACUCUUUUGUGGACAGUCCAGACUUCAGAGAGCGCAUCAAAUACCAUGAAAUAGAGCUGGAGCGAACCAACAAGUUCAUCAAAGAGCUCAUCAAGGAUGGAAACACGCUGAUCACCGCGCUCAAGAGUCUGUCUGCUGCUGUCCAAAAGUUCUCCCAGUCCCUGCAGGAGUUCCAGUUUGAGUGCAUAGGUGAUGCCGAAACAGACGAUGAGGUGAACAUUGCCCAGUCAUUUAAAGAGUUCUCCCAGCUGUUGAACACCGUUGAAGAGGAAAGAAGACGCUUGAUUCAAAAUGCUGACGAUGUCUUGAUUACUCCCUUGGAGAAAUUUCGGAAGGAGCAAAUCGGCGCAGCAAAGGAUGUAAAGAAGAAAUUUGAUAAGGAAACAGAGAAGUACUACUCCACACUUGAGAGACACCUCAACCUGUCGUCCAAGAAGAAAGAGGCGUAUCUGCAGGAGGCCGACACACAGAUUGAUAAAGAGAGACAAGUCUUCUAUGAUGCAUCACUUGAAUAUGUUUUCAAAAUACAAGAAGUGCAGGAGAAGAAGAAAUUUGAGUUUGUUGAACCACUCCUGGCCUUUCUCCAGGGUUUGUUUACAUUCUACCACGAAGGAUAUGAGCUGGCUCAUGAAUUUGAACCGUACAAACAGCAGCUGCAGUUCAACCUACAGAACACGCGAAACAACUUUGUGAGCACCAAGCAGGAAGUGGAGAAGCUGAUGAACAGGAUAAGGUCUGCAGAUCAGGACUACAAACCCCCCGGCCAGUGGACGAUGGAGGGCUUCCUGUUUGUCCAGGAGAAACGCCCUCUGGGAUGCGCGUGGACGCGUCACUACUGCACGUACGAGAAAGGCAGCAAGACCUUCACCAUGAUCAACACCGAGAACAAGUCGGCUGGGAAACAGAACGGCCUUGUCCUGAGUCAGCCGGAGAAAUUCCAUCUCAAGUCGUGCAUUCGGAGGAAAACAGACUCCAUUGACAAGCGUUUCUGCUUCGAUAUUGAAGUGAUGGAGAGAAAUGACAUCUAUCGUGGAACUCUUUUCAGACCGCUUCGGUUUUUCUGUAAAGUCCGGCACGGCGUCAUGACACUGCAGGCGCUGUCGGAGUCCAACAGAAGACUGUGGCUGGAGGCCAUGGAUGGCAAGGAGCCGAUUUACAACCUUCCAGUCAUAUUGAGCAAAAAAGAAGAAACGUAUCUUAACGAUGCAGGCUUUAACUUUGUGAAGAAAUGCAUUGAUCUGGUGGAGAAGAGAGGCAUCAACACCAUGGGUCUGUACAGAAUUGGAGGAGUCAACUCCAAAGUGCAGAAGCUGAUGAGCACAGUGUUUUCUUCAAAGGCACCUGUGGACGUGGAGCUGGAUCCAGACAUGUGGGACAACAAAACCAUCACCAGCGGUUUGAAGAAUUACCUCAGGUGUCUCUCUGAUCCUAUAAUGACUUUCAAGCUCCACAAAGAUUUUAUCAUGGCUGUCAAGUCUGAUGAUCAGAACUACAGGGUGUGUGCGGUCCACGCCUUGGUCCACAAGCUACCAGAGAAGAACAAGGAAAUGCUGGAGCUGCUAAUAAAACACCUUGUUACAGUUUCUGCAGAAAACAAGUCCAACUUGAUGACGGUGUCAAACCUGGGCGUUAUCUUUGGGCCAACUCUAAUGCGAUCGCAGGAGGAGACUGUUGCUGCCAUGAUGAACAUCAAAUUCCAGAACAUUGUGGUGGAAAUACUCAUUGAGAACUUUGACAAGAUUUUCCACCAGCCUCCAGACCCCAAUGUGCCACUGCCACAACCACAGAGCAGACCUGGUUCUCGCAGAAGUAGAGCCAUCUGUCUGACCAAAGGGCCCCGUAAACCCCGCAGCCUAUACACGCCAACGCUGUGCCUGGCUGAUGCAGAAAGUGACACCUUAAGCAGCAGUCGAAGCAGCACCCCGAUGGGCAGCAUGGAAUCGCUGUCAUCCCACUCCUCCGAGCAGAACGCCUCCUCUAAACCAGUUUCCUCCAGACAGAAGACGGAUCAGAACAAGUUAGAAAUCCCACGGCGGAUGCCGUCGCAGCUCUCAAAUGGCCCCGGUAUCACGGUGUGUGUCAGCAGUCCAGAGUCCAGCUCCAAGGAGGACGCGGGGCGAACAGACGGAGACUCGGAGGAUGCUCUCAGCAUUUCCUCAGAUAACACAACGCCAAGACUGUCUCCUGCACCCAAGAAGGCCCCCCACUGCCACACUGACCUCAAGCCAGCACAGCUGAGCCGAUCCUUCUCUCCCUCGCUCAGAUCCCUGCUUGUGUCUGACGGCCAAAGGAGCAGCUCUGGAUCUGUCCAAAGUAUAUCGACCCUGGAGACCAAAGACAGCCUAAAGCCCCCGGGGCACCCAGACCUUCCUCCAAAAGUUGUGAUCCGCCGCAGGAUGGAUGGAUGCUCUAAUAACGGCUACCAAAGACCCGGAUCAGUGGUUGCUGCGAGAGCGCUAUUUUUUGAAAAUCCUUCUUCCCAGCAGUCCACGCUAACUGGAAGAGAUGCCAAGGCAAUGUAUUCCUGUGAGGCAGAGCACAGCAAUGAACUCAGCUUCCCCCAGGGGGCGCACUUCUCAAACGUCUACCCCUCAGUGGAACCGGGCUGGCUCCAAGCAACCUACGAGGGGAGAACUGGUCUAAUCCCGGAGAAUUACGUUGUCUUCCUGUAGCAGAUGAGAAGCUUGCUGUAUUUUUCAUGGUAUCCAUGGAAAACAGAUAAUACACAUUGCUUUAAAAUUGUUUUGGUGUUUUUGUAUAACUGCAAUUUCUGCAAUUUUAUGCCUUUUUUAUCAGAUUUCUACGGACUUAAGUCCAAAAACUUCCUUUCUGAAAUGAUGAUAUAUUUAAGGAGUACUGCAGAUAUUACUGUAAAUUGUAAAUAUUCUGUAUGCACUGAUUUUUUUUCUAAUUAGUUUACAGAAUCACAAAGGAAUGGUAUUAUUCGUAGAUAUUUUAUUUUCUGAAACAUAUUCUCUGUUCGUUAUUUCAGCCAUCAUCAGACUCUGAUUGUCGUUUUAGCAACUGCAAUUAAACAAGCUGUGACUUCAGAUCAUCUAUUCUAUUCUAAUAUAAUAAACAAAAGACCUAAAUGCUUAUGGACUCUGAUCCCUAACCCCUCAUUCACACCAAGCGCGGAACAGCUGCGAUCCGGUUUCCAUGCGGCUUCUGGACAGACUGCCAUUCACACUGACUGCGAUUCAUGUGCUGAACGUCUCAGGAAAUCUGCUCUCACAAGAGCACUAAAUUAGAUUAGAACUCUGACAUAGUACAUUUAAAGUUGUACUUGAAAAUAACGCUAUCACUGAACUGAUAUCCCAGUUAAUAAAGACCAAAUUCAUUGAAAAAAACAUUUUUUUAACUUAUUUUUUAAAUACAAUCGAUCACUUUGAAUUUCACAUGCAGGCUGAAUGUGAAAAUAGUCUUAUACCCCUAUUUCCUGCAUUAGCUGCUGAUAGAGAAUAGACGGGGAAAAGCUCAGGUUGGGAAAGUCAGUCAGCUCGACAUCGUAUUGAGAAUUAACAUUCGGGAACUCACCCACCUUGGCUAACGACAGGGAAGACUGCUGUUGAUGUAACAUCCAGGAAACAGCAGACAACAUCUCAGCUAGUGGAAGCUAACAGUUAGCAUUAGCAACUCCAGAACCCAUCCAGGCUUGUGUUAUUUGUGGAGAUAAAACAUCUGUGUUACACAAAAAAACUGAGUCAGUGGUAGAGUCACGUUGCUGUUAGCCAAUCAGAGGGGAGAUAUCCGAAUAUCAGAACAUUUGACUUGAAACUUUAAAUCCGUCUGCUGCUCCCCUCUGCUCUGGCAUCAGAGCUUUUUUCUCAGAGGUCAGCUCACAAGGCAUUUGUUUAUACUGCAGACCACUGCAACCAUGUUGAAAAAAUAAGAAGACUUGGAUUGUAAUAAAACAAAAGCCAGCAAAAAUAAUGUGACACAAGUCUUAUUUUGAAGUACACCGGAUGCACCUCAUUGUUCCGUGUCUCACUUCCUGUUCGGCUCAUGAAAUUUCUUUAAAGAUCAACUUUACUCAUAUUUUUAAUACAUUUGCAGUGGUCUCUAGCAGAAAUGAAAGCCUUGUAAGUCGUGCACUGAGGGAAAAAAGCUGUGGUGCACCUCUUUCAGGAAAUAGAAAGAAGCCAGAUAAGAGUUGAGCUGAACACAGCAGGAUUUGGAGUCUUAAUUGCUGAUAUUUGGACAUCUCUCCUCUGAUUGGAUAACAGCAACAUGACUCUACCACUGACUCAUUUUGCUCUGCAACUUUGACGUUUUACCUCUACAAGUAACAUAAGCUAGGAGGAGUUCUGCCACGUGGUGGAGUUGCUAAUGGUUAGCUUCUACUAGUUGAGACGUUCUCUGUUGUUUCCUGGACUCUAAACUAACAACAGCCUUUCCAUCGCAAGUCAAGAUGGGUGAGUCCAUGAAUGUUGAUGCUACAAAGGCAAGUUUAGAAAACAAACUGGCUUAAAGCAGUUUUCAUGCCUCUUAACAACAUUCUAACAUAGUAGACUAUAGCUAUAAAUAUAUUGUGGAGAUUUUAAAAUAAUAAUAAUAAUAAUAAUAAUAAUGAAGUGGUUGUCUUGCAUUUGUCUAAAAAACUCCUCCAAUAACAACUAUCAGACUGAAAGCAGCUAUUGAACCAUCCGGUUGUCAGGCUCGCCAAACUACUGCUCUUCCCUGGGUCCUCCGUUCAUUAUGUAAUUCUGUAUUUAGCAACAGGAGACCACUGGAUUAGAGGUGCAUGUCUCAAUAAUAUCAGAGGAGAAACAGCCGGCUGCUACCACGUCAACAUUAGGACAAACUACCAGAGUCCCAAAAAGAACAAAAACUGCAUUUGAAGUCAUGGACAACAAAAGAUGUUUAGACCUAGAAAACAGCGACUGGUGUUUAGCACCAUCUUGUUUCGUCUGGCAGUGCAGGUUUCCAGCUCCACCAGAAGCGUCUCAGGGAAGAUGAGGUGAGGGGGGAGUGUUUUGUGACUGUGUUUAUGUUCAAAACCUGGCUUGUUCACAGAUUCACUAUGACAGCUUUAAGUAACAGUGUGACAUAGAUCUGUCAGGCUUUUCCAAUCCUAGCAUUUCACUAGUUAUUUUCUAUCAAAAGCUAAAGCAGGACAAAGAGGUAGGAGACUAUUUUCAUGUUCAGUCUGCAAACUCAGAGUGAUCGAUUAUGAUCAGAAACAAUAAUGAAAAUAAGGUUUUGCAGCAAAGUACACCUUUAACUACAUGACAAUCUGCAUGCGCCAUUUGGAAAAAGUUGACGGCAAGUGGAAACUUUGCAGAGCUCUGCAACGCACCACAGCAGGUGUGAUGGGGCUCAGUGAUAUUUGGUCUAUGUGAAAGCCGGACCUCAGUCGGUGUGAAUGAGGACAGAACCUGCUGGUGGUCGCUACAUGACACUGUAUCAUACAAUACAUUCUCAAAAGUGGUUGAUUUCAUGAAUGCUCAUGCAAAUAUUUACUUCUUUAAACAGUUUAUUACAACACACUGUCACAUCAAAUGUACGCUACAUGUAAAAUGUGUUUUAAUCCAAUGUAGCGUAGCUUUGUUGCUGUUUGUACUGUAGUCGUUGGUUCACUAGAGAUGGCAGCUACACAGUAUCAUAUUCUGUUGUGUUAAAGAAGACAUUUAAUACCUAAUUUACCCCAAUCCAGUACAGGAUUCCCACAUUAAAAAGUCAAAAAUUUUCCAAUCAGGUUCACUUUGGUCAUACCAUUUCAGAAAAAUAUUACAAAAAGAAAAUGAGAAGAACCCAUAAACCUUUGGUCUUAUUACAAACUGAGAAAAACACCCUUCAGAAGUUAAAAUUUUUUCUAUUUGCCUAAAAUGCAUUUGGGAGUGGAUCUGACAUCCCGCUCCUGCCAAGAUCACGGUGUUCUUUUCCAUUUAUAUGUGGAAGAAUGUGUGGUGGCCUUGAACGUUGAUGCAGGACUCCCUUACAGUAAAUGGAUUUCUAGGGGCAUGUCACGGAAAUUAUAUUCAUAUCCUGAAUGUUUAAAUGUCUGCACCACGUUUUAUUUAGACUGACUCUUGGCAAAUGUCUGCUGUAAAAAAAAUGUUGGCAAAUAAACGAGAGAAUCAUUAAA